UCUAUGAAAUAGUAAACUCUCCAUUAAUUUGGAUAUCAGAGUGCCGCAUAACUUUUGCCAACGCGAAGGAUUAAAAAAUACAAAUAUCCAAGCUCACUGCAUGUGAGGGAGAAGCAUCAGAAGGAGGCAUUUUGUCGGAGGCAGAUUUGUGUGAAUACAUCCUAUACCCUCCACGCCCACACAUUUGAGGGAAACCGCUGUUUCUCACUCGCCUCUUGUUUUGAUCCGUGCGCGUGAAAAACCGACCGACUGAGCGGUGCCUUGCCAUGGCUCUUCUGACCCUGCAUCGUUCGCCGUCCAUCUCCACCGCUCCGGAUGAAAGCAUCCCAAGAAGAGGGAGACUUCAGAAAAGAGAGAGCUUUGCUCUGGUCAAAGGGGCCGUCCUUCUCCUGGAAGAGGGAGAGGGGGAGGGGCCACAUGAAGAGACGUCGCCCAAUCACUCCCCUUCACCUCUGAAGCUGGGGGGCGGAGCUUCAGACACACAGCACAGACAGCUGCACGCCAUGGUGUCACUACUAAGACCAGAGGACACUAUCAAACUGGCGGUGAGGUUGGAGUCAGUGAGUCCAGUCAGGGUACGGUAUCUGAUCAUAGUCUCCACCUUCAGUAACAAACAGGAGAGCAUUCUACUGGGGAUGGACUUCCCCGACACAGACAGAUGUCAGUGUACUAUCGGUCUGGUUGUGCCGGUAUGGAGCGACACACAAGUGUAUCUGGACGGAGAUGGUGGUUUCAGUGUCACAUCGGCAGAAAAGACGAGAAUCUUCAAGCCUGUUUCCAUACAGACUAUGUGGUCAGUGCUGCAGGCGCUGCAUGGCUGCUGCGAGCGGGCGGUGAAGGGGGCAGUGAUCCCAGGCUGUGGGCUGGACUGGGCCCAAUACUACUACGGUCAUGUGGAGUCUGACCGUCUCUGUCUCAACGAGUGGGGAGCCAUGACGGGCCUGGAGUCAGUCAGGAGGGACAGCGCCGGGCAGAGCUCGACAGAGAGGGUGUCUGUGGAGCGGCAGAUCAAAGAGGAGCUCAGAGACAUCAUGAGAACAGAAGACCUAGAGAAUAUCACCUCCAAACAGGUCCGCAGUGCCCUGGAGACCAGGAUAGGCAUGGACAUGAAGAACUACAAGGAAUACAUCGACAACGAGAUGAUGGUCACCAUGGCGCAGAUGGACAAGCCCUCCAAAAUAUUUGACUACUUGUUCCUGGGCUCUGAGUGGAAUGCUGCCAACUUUGAGGAGCUACAGAAAAACAAUGUGGGCUACAUCCUGAACGUGACGCGGGAGAUUGACAACUUCUUCCCAGAAUCCUUCAGCUACAUGAAUAUCAGAGUGUACGACGUGGAGGCUACAGACCUGCUGUCACACUGGAAAGACACAUACUCCUUCAUCAACACAGCCAGGCAGAGUGGCCAGGCGGUGCUAGUGCACUGUAAGAUGGGUGUGUCUCGCUCUGGUUCCACGGUGGUGGCCUACGCCAUGAAGCAGCAGCGCUGGCCCCUGGAGGUGGCUCUGUCCUACGUCACGGAACGCAGGCCCAUCGUCCAUCCCAACGACGGCUUCAUGAAGCAGCUCCACACCUACAGCGGCAUCCUCAACGCCAGUCAGCAGCGCCACAGCGCUCUCUGGAGGUGGAAAUCACGGGCAGAGAAGGAGCAGCGAAAGAUUGAGAGAGCGCAGUCUGCUGCUUCACACAGCAAUGAGGAGGAGGAGAGCGAAGAGAGCGAGGAGGAGGAGGAAGAAGAAGAAGAAGAGUUGGAGAGUCCAGAUGAAGUUGAAAUAAAGAUGGUAUUUGAAGAGCCUGCCCACAUGUCUGAGACUGACCCAGAAGCUCCACCCACAGAACCGGCUGCUCCAUCCACGGAACCGUCUGUACCCAAUCCCUUCAUCACUGUACAGGUGGCUUCUCACAGCCCCAGUCGCAGUGGCAGGAUGAACCUCUUCUCUCUCAUGCAGUCCAUCAACGAACUGGAAGACGAGGACCUAAGGAAUGAACAGAUUGCCAACAGUCACCGGAGGUCUCCAGGGCAACGGAGGCGGAGUUAUAGACGGAAAGGCCUCAUGCAUCAGAGGGCCCAUGUGGACUUUUCACCUGAGCCAAGCCGCCUAUCAGGACUCAGAAAACUGGAAGAGGCGGAGCCAAGCAAACCUGAGACCGGGGAAGGAGAUGCCAAGACAACGGAGGUGCGGUAAAGAGGAACAGAAGACGAGGCGGCGGGAGAGGGGAUGGAGAAUGAGAAGCCUAGAGGAGACACUAAGAUUAAAGAUGAAAUGUUCUGCCAACUUUCAAGCUAUAAACAUGAAAGAAUUACCCUAAUAUAGUUAUAGACAUCAGACCUUAGACUCCAACUAUCAUCAUUAUAUUAUAGAUUAUUUAACAGUCAUGCAUUUUGCACAAUAUUUCUUGUUUGGUUCUUUGAAUGUAGUGGUCACCAACCGAUCGAUCACGAUUGACUGGUUGAUCUCCAAGCCAUUCUAGUCGAUCACCAAACACUGUAGAAAAACAACGAUAAGGCCUUGGAUUCCUUUUUUUCCCCCUCCCUCUAGCACUUUUGACAGUAGGUGCACUUGAUUUAGCAGCCCGAGCGCCGGGAAGGUAAAGUGUUCACAUUUUUAACCAUUUCAUGUGUCUGAAGGUAGAACUCCACUUACUCGGCAGGCCCAGAGAGCAAAUCAAGUGCAGCUAUAGGCCUACCGCUGGCCAAUCGUAUAGCUCAGAUCACCGUGUCUGCAGUUUCCUCGCGCCAUAGACUGUAAAAAGAAGCCUCGAACCCACAGCAAAGUUGAUAAUGUGAGAUUUAAAAACUUUUCAAACCAUGACUAGAGGGACUCAACGAAUACAGCAAAGAGCUGCUGUUUGAAUGAGUAUGGGCUCAUUGUAAUGGAAUAAAUGG